CUCUUUCUUCCCAACCAGUUUGCACCCCAACUUCGCACAACGUUUGCAUUCGCAUCUGUAGGUCGGACGGUGCUAUAUAUCGUUCCUUUCUGGGUUUGAAGGCUCCAGCUACUUUUCUUUUUCUCUCGCUCAAGAGUUGCAUUCCCCAUCGACUCGGAGACCGAUAGAAACAGCGGUUCAACGCCCACCCUUACUACACCCCUUUCAGACCUUGCUCUUAGUCUUUCGCUGCUCGAGAACUUUCCUCUUGCCCAUCUCCAUCCAUUUCGAGUCGGACUGCUCUAUAAUGCCAGCUGCCCAGGGGAACGGUGCGGCGGAACCCGUCGUCUGCGUCUUCUGUGCUUCCUCUCCAGGAAAAAACCCCGUCCAUCUCGAGUCCGCACGAGAGCUGGGCCAAUCUCUCCAUGAGGCCGGCUACAAGCUCGUCUACGGCGGAGGGACCAUGGGGAUCAUGGGUGAAUUGGCCAAAACACUCGUCACCCUCUCCGGUCCCAGUUCAGUACACGGCAUCAUCCCCCGAGCAUUGAUCCGCUCAGAGAAGGACCCUUCAGUCCGCAGCGAGACAAGUCGCUUUGGACAGGGAAAGGCCGAGCGGACCAUGUCCUCGGAGGAGCUGCAACGGAUCGACAGUACCGAGGAUCCAGAUAAACAGAUAGUUCCAGAGUCCGAGUUUGGACGGACCACCAUUGUCCCGGACAUGCACACUCGAAAACGUAUGAUGGCAAAUUCAGUGGAAGCUGGGGCGCCCGGCUCCGGGUUUGUGGCGCUGGCUGGAGGGUACGGGACCAUGGAGGAGGUCAUGGAGAUGGUCACUUGGAACCAGUUGGGCAUCCAUCAAAUUCCCAUCAUUCUGGUCAACAUCAACGGCUAUUGGAAUGGAUUGUUGGAUUGGGUCAAGACGGCAAUAAGAGAAGGCUUUGUGGGCGAAGGCGCCGCCAAUAUCUUGGUUGAGGUGCAGAGCACGGAUCAGGUCAUCGAGGCGUUACGUGGCUAUCAGGUCGCUCCUGGGAGAUAUAAGCUGGACUGGUCAUAGAUCGGAAAAUGGUGCAUAGUGAAACUCUUUCAAUCCCACCAA